AUGGCCGGCCCCCAAGAAACCUCAGAUACCAGUCUCGACGACAAGGCGAUUCAACACAUGCAAGGCCCACCUACCAGCACUGAUGUCGAAAAGCAGCACGACCAACAACUGAUGGCACACAAAAAAUCAGUCUACGCCGGCCUGGGUUGGUUAGACCGUCUUCUCGUCCUCUGGAUCUUUUUAGCCAUCGUUAUUGGCAUCUUACUCGGCAAUUUCGUCGAUAGCGUCGGACCUGCGUUGCAGAAAGGCAAAUUCGUCAAUGUCUCGGUACCGAUAGCUGUCGGUCUAUUGGUGAUGAUGUAUCCCAUCUUGUGCAAGGUGAAAUAUGAGACUUUACACCGCGUCUUUGCGCAUCGUCAGAUAUGGGUACAGCUAGUAUUCAGCGUCAUUGUCAACUGGAUCAUUGCACCACUCGUUAUGCUCGGUCUGGCUUGGGCCUUUCUGCCGGACAAGCCUGAUCUUCGUAAUGGUCUGAUAUUCGUGGGCUUGGCCCGCUGCAUUGCCAUGGUCCUCAUCUGGACGGGUCUCGCAGGUGGCGAUGAAGAAUAUUGCGCCAUUCUCGUCGCUUUUAACUCCAUACUGCAAAUGGUUCUCUACGCACCACUAGCAAUUCUCUUCGUCAACGUCAUCAGUCACAGUGAAAGCUCUCAAGUCUCAUAUUCCACGGUCGCCAAGAGCGUUGGAGUCUUCCUCGGAUUACCACUUGGAGCAGCUAUCGCCACCCGUUUCAUCCUCCGAGCGGUCAAUGCCACUUGGUACGAGCGAACAUUUCUCAAAUGGAUAGCUCCAUGGUCACUGAUUGGACUUCUUUACACCGUUCUGGUCCUUUUCGCCUCCCAGGGCAAGCAAGUCGUCCAUCAAAUCGUCUCGGUCGUCCGCGUGGCUGCGCCACUUAUCGUCUACUUUGUGAUCAUCUUCUUCCUGACCUUGUUAAUCACAAAACGCCUGGGUUUCGGAUACAAGCUUGCAGCAACGCAAAGUUUUACCGCAGCCAGCAACAAUUUCGAGCUGGCCAUUGCUGUGGCCGUCGCUACAUUUGGUGCUAACAGUGACGAGGCAUUGGCGACCACAGUGGGGCCAUUGAUCGAAGUGCCGGUCCUGAUAUCCCUUGUCUACUUGGUGAAAUGGAUUGCUGUUCGGUGGAACUGGCACGACUAG